AUGGCCGAACGAGGGGCGUCAGACAUGCCCAUCGAGCAGGCGCCGCGCGCCGGCGAGACCGACCGGUCGCUCGAGAUGCCUGAAAAGAUGGCACCUCUCCGAGAAUACGGAAUGGACUACCGCGUCGACCCGACCGUCUCUUUCGCCGAGUUUCGCUACUGGGCCAAGGUCGAGCGCGAAGAGGAGCGUGAGGCCGAGCGGCUCUAUCUCGAGCGUCGCGGGCCCAUGACGCUGAAAAAGGCCAUCAAGGGCCGCUUCUCCAAGGGCGUGCACCACGAUAACAAGAAGAUGGACCAGCAAGACGCUACGCGCACUGGGCCGUCUACCGAAGAAAAGGGCGGCUCUGAGCAUGCCGGCAUUGCAGGACGCUUCAAGAGUAUGUUCAGCAAGUCCUCGCCCGCCGAUGGACAUCAGAAUCAUGACAACAGUGUCUUGCCUGCAUCUGCUUCCAGCGACGACAAGAACGCGCCCAAUGUCGCCCAUGGCGGCUCCAGCACUUCCUCUCUCGACGAGGAGUGGAAGACGGCCUCCAGGGCACUGCGCACUGCUGGCUGGAGUUCCAUCUUCUUCCUGGUUACCACUGACAUUCUCGGCUGGUCUGUCACUCCCUUCGUCUUUGCGAGUGUCGGAUACGGCACCGGUGUUGCCCUCUACAUCAUUUUUGGCGUCUUCGCUUCAAUCAGCGGCUUGAUGCUCUGGAAGAUCUUCAUUACCCUGGAUUCAUCUCGCUACCCAAUGCUGAGCUACGGCGACAUCUUUUUUCGCAUCUUUGGACCCAAGACCCGACACUUCAUCAACGUGGCCCAGUCUCUCCAACAGUUUUGCACCGUCAUGGUGCUCAUCUUUAGCAAAGGGCGUAUCAUCUCGCUUCUCGCUGGACCAAGCCUGUGCUUCAUCGUCUGCAUGAUCAUCAUCAUGCUCAUCGGCAUUGUGGGCGGAAGCAUCAGAUCGCUGCAGCGCCUGGGAUGGAUUUGCAACCUCUCCGUCUGGUUCAACAUGAUCAGCUUCAUUUCCAUCAUGGUUGCUGCGGCCAAGUUCGAAGUCUACUACCCUCCGAUUUUCGGAUCCACCAUCCUGCCGAAGGAGAAGCUCCCUGUCAAGAAGUUCGUAGGCCUCGUGCCGGAUGCAUAUCAGCAGCAGGCGCAUGGUUUUGCUGGUAUCUUUAACGGAGUUGACAACAUGGUUUAUGCGUACAGUGGCGCCAUCCUAUUCGUCUCCUUCAUGUCGGAGAUGCGACACCCGAUGGAUUUCUGGAAAGGCAUGAUUUGCGCCCAGGCUUUUAUCUGCUUCGUCUACCUCUUCUUUGGUGUUUUUGUCUACAGCUACUUCGGACAGUACUCCGCCUCCGUCAUUUACCAGGUCAUCAACCCUGCGGGACUGCGCACCUUUAACAAUGUUCUGAAUCUUUUGACUGGUCUCAUCGCAGCUGUGCUAUACUUCCAUGUCGGCAUGAAGACUGUGUACAUCGAGGUGUUUCAAGAAGUCUUCAAAUUCCCACCGAUUGCAUCAAAGCGCGGCAGGUGGAUGUGGUACGCACUGGGUCCCAUGUAUUGGAUCAUUGCCUUCCUCAUUGCCGCCGCAGUACCCAACCUAAACGGCAUCGUGGGCUUUGUUGGCGGUCUCUUCGCCGUCAACUUUAGCUACUCAUUCCCGGGCAUCGCUUACCUCGGGUGGUCUAUUCAAGACGCCGCGGUUCUACCGGGUGAAGGUUUCAAUCCCGAGACAGGUGAAAGUGUGUUGAACGAUAGGGGUCCGAAGCGGUGGGCGCGCGGCUUUAUGAAGAAGUGGUACAUUCAUGCCCCGGUUCUCGUAUAUUCCUUGGCUGGUUUGGCCACGUCCGGAAUGGGAACUUGGGCUGCCGUUGAGGGUUUGAUUGAGGUUUUCGGGCCAGGUGGCACGGUGGCCACCUCGUACGGCUGCCGAUCGCCUGUCUGGGGCUAG